AUGGAUUUGAUUGUUCAUUCCUCUACGUUUCUCCUUCCUCAACCUCAAUUUCCUGCCGACAAUGGCCCCUCUCUAUUAUAUGCACUGGUAUUACUUAACCAACCCUUACCCAAAUUCACUCCCCUGCUCUGGAACAACGCACGACUUCGUGUGUGUGCAGAUGGCGGAGCGAAUCGCCUGUUUGAUGAGUUGCCGCAAUUGUUUCCUGAUGAGCAGGCCUUGGCUAUUCGAAAAAGGUAUAAGCCAGACGUAAUAAAAGGAGACAUGGAUUCAAUCAGAGCUGAAGUAUUGGAGUUCUACACAGAUCUGGGAACCAAGACAAUAGAUGCUUCUCAUGAUCAGGAUACCACGGAUUUACAUAAAUGUGUAGCAUAUAUUCGUGACUUGCCAAAUCUGGAGAAUCAAAAUUUAUGUGUUCUUGUUGCCGGAGCUCUUGGUGGGAGGUUUGACCACGAGGUUGGAAAUAUCAACGUUCUAUGCUUUUUCUCAACCAUCCGAAUAAUUCUCCUAUCGGAUGAUUGCCUAAUCCAACUUCUUCCAAGUAGUCAUCAUCACGAGAUCCAUAUCCAGUCCUCUGUUGAGGGACCACAUUGUGGACUCAUCCCCAUUGGCAUACCAUCUAAAAGCACUACAACCACUGGGCUUCAGUGGGAUCUUACUGAUACAGAAAUGAGGUUUGGUGGCUUGAUCAGUACUUCAAACAUCGUAAAAGGAGAGAUAGUAACCGUCCGAUCUGAUUCGGACCUUCUCUGGACUAUAUCCAUUAAGAAGGCAUGA